AUGCUAAGAUUUUUCCGGUCUUUCAGCACUAAAAACUUUCUUUACACAGUAUCCUUGGUAGGCCGACCAAACUCCGGAAAAUCCACUCUUUUUAACCACUUAAUCGGCGGCUCAACCUCCUUAGUCCACAACACUCCAGGCUUAACCAGAGACCGAAUCGAAGGGAUAAGUAAUUUUUAAUCAGCCAACCUCUUUGGUGUCGAUAUCAAAUUCAUAGACACUGCAGGCUGGGAUCCUACCGACACUCCCAACCCUAAGCCUAUCAUCGAGAAAAUGAAACUCCAGACCCUCAACGCAAUUAAGUUAUCAGAUACAAUUCUUUUCCUCACCGACGUAAGAGCUGGGAUCAGCCCUUCAGACAUUGAGCUUGCACAAUAUCUCAGGAAAACUGUCCUCAGUGACAAAAACGCGACCAAAGAUGUAAUUUUGAUAGGAAAUAAAGCUGAAUCAAGCUGACUUGGUGAUGUAAGUAAUGAAGUAUAUAAAUUAGGCUUUGGGGAGCCACUAUUAAUAUCUGCACAGCAUGGGGAAGGGAUUGCUGAUUUAUAUGAAGAAUUAAAAAGCAGGAUUCCUGAAGGGUAUGCGGAUGAUUUUAAAGAAAGACUGAAGAAAAGAAAAGAAAAACAUAAUAAAAUUAAGGCAGAAAGACUGGCAGAGUUGGAAGAUUUGGAAAAAGAGUCAGGCGAAGAUUUUAAUUUGAAAGAAUGGGAAAGGGCUUAUGAUAAGCUGAACCCGUGGGACAACUCUGACUAUGACUCUGACAAUGAAAUUGACAUUAAUAAGUCUUUAGCUUCUGAUUUCAAUUUAAAAGACAAAGAUAGCCUGAUGGAAAACAUGAAAAAGCAUAAAAUGAUACAGCUAGCCAUUAUUGGAAGGCCAAAUGUAGGCAAAUCCACCUUGAUCAAUGCUUUUCUCAAUGAGGAAAGAGUCAUCACUGACAAUCAGCCAGGGACUACCAGAGAUGCUUUAUAUUUAGACCAUGUCCACAAAGGAAAAAAGAUUUGCCUUGUAGAUACUGCUGGGCUGACCAAGCAUAGCAGGGGAACAGUAAACAAACUUAUACAAGAAGACGUUAUGAAAGCUAUAAAAUUCAGUCACGCUGUCGUAUUACAAAUAGAAGCACCUGUCGGACUAACCCCAGUUGACCUUGAAUUAGCCAAAAAAGUAAUAGACGAGGGCAGAAUCCUGUUAAUCGUUGGAAACAAGUGGGACUUGGUUCCAAAAGACAUGAAAGGCAAGGUUGCUAAAGAUGUCGCUAUAAAUUUACAUACAAAAAUCACUCUAAAAGGCCUCAACGUGAUCUUUAUAAGUGCUUUGCAGAAUUAUAAUGUAAGCAAAAUUAUGGACGAAAUCCAGUCUUUGUAUGAAAAGUGGAAUAAAAGAGUAUCCACUGGGCUGCUCAAUAGGUGGCUGGAAGCUUUUAAAAAAGUUCAGCCACUUCCUACAAGCCAAGGAGCUUUAUUGAGGAUAAAAUACAUGAUGCAGAUUAAGGCAAGACCGCCGAGCUUCUAUGUAUAUGUAAAUGAUAGGUCACUUAUGAAAGAAAACUAUCUAAAGAACUUUACAUCUUCUCUGACAAAAGAAUUUGGGUUUGAAGGGGUCCCUGUCAGGAUUCUGCUGAGAGAUAAGCACUUAAAAGCGGCGAAGAGACACAAGCCAGAGUUUCAGGUGAAAAAAGAGCUGAAGAAACAGGUGGGAGCUUCAUAUACUGGUAAAAUCUUGAACUCUGAUCCAUCCCAGCAGCCUAUACUUACAACCUAA